AUGACUCGUCCUGCGCCCAUUGGCAGCAGUGCACUUGGACCUGCAGCAGCAGACGGCAUGCGGCUUUCUAGUGGGGGCCUCCUCUCCGGAUGGGACCCUGAAGGAAAUGAAAUAAAUGCAGCCGCAGAGCUAAGAGGGGGGCCCAAUUUCGGCGGCCCCCAUAGGGUUGCUUCGGUGCUGGAGGCCCUGAGAGGUGCUGGCGGACUGCAGGCCACUCGCCGGCUUAAGGCGCAGCAGCACCGGCCGCACGUGGGCGGCUCCACGGAAGCAGCAGCAGCUGGUGGGAGAGAAGGAGGAGCAGCACGGGAGGGCCCCAUACGCCUUGGUGUAACAGCUAGGCCCCCUUACGAGCUACCGCGGAGUCAUGCAGCACCUCGGGGGCUCUCCGUGGCAGCAGCUUCCCGCCGCAGCGGCCCCUCACCUUGGGGCCCUUCAACAGGGCCCCUCCCAUCUCUGGAGGCCUCCCAGGCUGGACAAUCUGCUCUGUGGGCGCAGGUUGGGCUAUCUGCCUCUUCUGUAUUCCAGCGCUCAAUUUCGUUUCCCCUUUUGCCUCCUGCGGGGCCUCUUAUGCCUCCAGUUAGCAGCAGCAGCGGGGCCCCCACGUCCUACUACCCAGGGGCCCCCGACUGCAGCAGCAAGUGCCAAGCAAGUGAAAAAGAUGAGCAGAAGACACCGCAACGACCCAGCUUCUCUGCUUUGCCGUGGGCUCGCCCCUUCAGAAGCUCCACGCGGCGCCUUUGGUCCUCUCCAGGCUCAUUUGCUUCUCACCGCGGGCCUCCGGGUCCCCCCUUGGGGGCCAUAUGGGGCCCUCAGGCUCCCCACCUGGGGCCACCAGGGACCCACCUGGGGCCUCCAGAGCCUUUAGGGCCCCCUGCUCCGCCGCUGGCCAGCAGACUGAAGGUGCACGGAGGUCAGGGAUUGAGGCUCCAGCACCGGGCAAGCGCUGGAGACCUGCUGCAGCAGCGGCUGCAGCAGCAGCAGCAGCAGCGGCAGCAGCGGCCUGGGGUGGUGCGCCGUGAGGCGUCUUGGGCGCAGUUCUUUCGGGGCCCCCGAGAGCAGCAGAACAGCAAAAGAGAAGAAAAGGGAGGGGACAGACCGACAACUGAAACCCGGAGGCCCGUUGCCUCUUGGAGCCUACUCACUGUCCACAACUUCUCAGGCGCAGCAAAAGCAGCAGCAGCUAAAAAAAAGUGGCCGACAGCAGCAGCAGCAGCAACAGCAGCAGCAGCUCCAGGUUUCUCUUUCUCGUCGAAGGGAACAGCUGAGCAGCAGACGGAGGAAGAGGCCGGGGGCCCCCUGGAUGCCGCUGAAAUGAACCUACCGAGGCCGCAAGAUAUUGCAUGCGCUGCACUCGAAGCAGCAGCUACUGCGGCUGACUCUUUGGCGGCCUUUGCUCCACACGUACAGGCAACUGCUGCAGCAGCGGCAACACCUGCAGCGGCAAUUGCUGCUGCUGCUGCUGCUUUAGUUAGGGGGAAACCUAUGCUCAACAAAAUAUCGAAGACAACAAAGGAAAAUCCAGGAGUUGCAGAGAACGGGUUAGCAGCAGCAACAGCAGCAACGACAUCAGCAGCAAGCGUAGGAGCAGCUCCAGCAGUGGCAGCAGCAACUGCAGCAACAGCAGGAACCGACACGGAAACGACGGCUGCUCCUCCGCCCGCUCAGGCAAAUUCACCCACGCGAGAAACAGAAAAGGGAGGCGAGUUAGAAGCAGCAGCCGCAACAGAAGCAACUGCCAGAGCAACAGCAGUAGCAGCAGCAGCAACACCAUCAACAGCAGCAGCAGCAGCAGAACCAUCAACAAAAGCAGCAGCAGCAGCAGCAUCACCAGCAGCGGCAACGGCGACAGCAGAGGGGGGGUGUAAGAACAGCCUGCGCCAUCACUCUCGGCCUGAUGCUUCAGGCGUUGUGCCUCCCCUCGUUUGGCAAGGUCUUCCUGCAUCCGAUUCUACCCCUCAAACGCCCUGCAGCAGCAACAGCAACAGCAGCAGCAGAUGCAGCAGCAGUCAAAGCACCAGCAGAUGGGACCCUGCACCUUUAAUUCCCUCCAGCAGUUGGAAAGUUUUCGAUAUAAAGAGGCCCCUUAGACUGAAGAUCGUUACAGUGGGCCCCCAAGGCAGCGGCAAGAGUUGCUUAGUCCGGCGUUUCUGUGAGCGGCGCUUCGCGGGGAGCAUCUACGGGGCCCCAGGGUCUGGGGGCCCCCACGGGGGCCCCCAGGGUACGGUCACCAUCGGGUGGGACUUUGGGCUGCGGGAUGUGCAGCUCCCUACAGAUGAGACGGUUCGUCUGCAUUUCUUUGAUUUCUCUGGGGACCCCGUCUACGCAGAAGCUGCUGAGGGGGCCCUGGAGGGGGCAGAUGUGCUGCUAGUUGUAUAUGAUGCGAAGGACCCCAGGUCGUUGCAGGAGGCCUUAGAUACACUUGAGAUGGCGAGGGAAGCAGUAGGGGCUCAGGAAGCCCUCACUGCCUUGGUAGCAGCAAAGGCAGAUGGAUCUGCUGCAGCAGCAGCUGGCGCUGCAGCAGGAGAAGCAGCAGCAGCAGCAGCAGGAGCCCGCUUCUACGCAGCCUGCGCAGAGACGGCUGACGGUGUCGACACACUCUUCCUUGAAACAGCAGCAGAAGCAGCAGCUGCAGCACGCGCCAGAGCCGCUGCGCUUCUUGAACUCCAACCGCAGCAGCAACGACAGAAGCUGCAGCAGCAGCUGAUGCUGCCGCUCCAGCGCAACACCACAGGCAGUGAGCUCAGGAGUUAG